AUGCCAGCAACCUCUAUGUCUAGGGAGCGAGGCUUCACCCCCUAUAGCUCGGAUGUAGUCCACUCUGGACCCGUGGACGUGGGACAGGCCAUCAACCUCGCCAACAUCCGGGGCAAGACGAUUGUUAUUACCGGCGGCGCGUCCGGGUUCGGCGCAGCAUGUUCGCGGCACUGGGCCGCGCACGGCGCCAACAUCAUCCUGGGGGACCUCAACCACGAGCGAGGCACGGACCUGAUCGCCGAGUUGAGAGGAUCGACCGGUAGCCAAAACCACCAGUUCAUCCCCCUCGACGUGACCUCGUGGUCCUCGCAGGCCCACUUCUUCCGCGAGGCGGCACGCCUUUCGCCCCACGGUGGCAUCGACACGGUCAUGGCCAACGCGGGCAUCGCCGACGCCGACGAACAAAGGCUUUUCGAGCAACCGCCGGACUACUACUCACAUCAGCUUGACGGGCCCGCCGCGCCACCGCCGCCGAAUCUGCGAACCUAUGAGACGAAUCUCACGGGUGUGCUGUACACCGCGCACCUAGGUCUGUCGUAUCUGUCGCGCAAUCCAGGGAGUCAGAAGUGCACGCCGGGCGAGCACGCAGGACCGAGGGAUAGGCAUUUACUGCUCGUGGCCAGCAUCGCGGGUCUGGCGGGUCUGCCGGGCCAGCCGCUGUACACGGCCGCGAAGCACGGCGUUGUCGGCCUGUUCCGGAGCCUGAGGAUCACCAGCCCCCUCACGGUGGGGGUCCGCGUGAAUAUGAUCAAUCCAUAUUUCGUCGACACCCCCAUCCUCGGUCCGCUGGGCGCGCUCGUCCUCGCCGGCGGCGCGAUGGCGCGUCUCGAGGCCGUCGUGGAGGCGAGCACGCGCCUCGUCGCGGACCAACGCAUCAUCGGCAGAGCGCUAAUCAUCGCGAGCAAGACGUCCAAGGACCAUGCCGAGGCCGUGGGUCUGCCGGAACUACAGACCGAUGACCAGGAGAUCUGGGACUGCUAUGCCGACGACUUUGAGCAGAGCGAUCUGUUCACGAGGCGUAUCAUCGCCGUCACGAACCUGGUCACCAGCGCGAGGGGCUGGGUUGGCGUGUUGGUUGAUGUUGGGUCUAAUUUGCGGAGGAGGUUCUGGAGGGCGUUGGGGUAUUAG